AUGAUUUCCUCCAACACGAGGGCGUCGCGAUCGCGCUUCUCGAGCCCCUCGCGGCCGCUCGAGGCCAAGGCCUCUGCCGGCAAUGAAUCCAAAACGUUUAUGCAGCGCUGGCUGGAGCCGUCGGUGCAGAGCAAGGCCAGCUUCGAGGAGGCGGGAUUGAUGCGCUACGGCGUGCUGGAGACCAUGGCGCCGCUGGGGACGCUGCCCAAGGCCAAGAAGAACGGCGACGGAGGGCCAGGCCACCAGCCGGUGCGCAAGAUCAUUCUCCGGCCGUCGGGCACGUCACACGCCCCCAAGGAUCACGACGACCAGCCCGCGCAGCCCAAGGCUCGCCCCAGCAGGGCGCCAUCGCCCCCCGCUCCCUCGACGCCGCCGCCUCCCCCCGCGUCCGCGCCAUCGCAUCGGAGGGCACAGGUCGCCAGAGACGCCGAGGACGACGACUACGACCCCAAGGGAGCCUCGCGUCGGCGGCCCUCGCGGCGCGUGUCGCUGCCUGCCAAGCAGCAGCAGCAUCAGCAGCAGCAGCAAAAUCAGCAGAACCCGCAAGCGAAGAACGCAGAAGAACCCAAGAGCACUACGGUUGUCACGGCCACUACUGGUACGCCAAAGGCCAAGCAGGCCUCUGCUGGGCCCAAACGGGCGCAUCCCCGCGAGCCAGAGGACAAGGAGUUUGCCGACUUGGUCGUCGAGGCGGCCGUGGACGAGGCCCUCAUGCACUUUCGCUAUCCUACGGCCUGGGCUCUCAGGACACUCUACGAUGAACGGUGCGGCGACACCGACUUUGUCGCCAUGGUGGAGGACGUCUUCAAGCAGAGGGCCGACGCCGAGACCAGGGAUGAAUUUGCCCGGCUGAUCGAAGUGAAGAAGCGCGAGGGCAAGAAGGACGACUCAGGCUGCUACUACUUCGUGCCCCCUUCUACUAACAGCCGAUUCCCUCCGCACACGCCCAUGGCCGCUCCCUACGCCAACCUGCUGCACCGUCACGCCGACGACGAAAAGGGCGAGGGGCGAGCGGCCAAGAGGAACAAGACGUCGCACGCCGGUGAGACGCCUCGCAGCAAGAAGAUGGCCAACGGCACAGGCACCAAGGCACACGGCGACAGCACCCGCACACCGUCGCGCAGGCGUCACCGGCGGGACUCGGGCUCUAGCGA